ACAAAGGCAAGAGCUUUCAUUUUGGCUGGUGAUUUUUGUAUUAUCGGAGUGAAGUAGACAAUUAUUUUAACUGUCAGUAUAACCACGUAUAACUACAGACUGCUUGGUGUUUAUACAUACAUUGUACAUUGUUAAAUUGUACCAUGCUUACUUUUACACGCUUCAUCAAGUCUUAUCAAAUGCCUUUACACAAUAAAUACAGUGCUAACCCAAAAAUUAGGUAGCUCUUGAUAUAAUCUGGAAAAAGUAAAGCAGAGUCUAUGAGGUCGCAAGUGGAAUCUGGUGCAGAAUUAUUCGCGAGACUAAAUGGUAAACCGAGUCUCAGAGGGCUAGAUGACACGUUGUUUCUCGAAGGGCCUGGAAAUACAGACACCAUAGAGAUAAAUGGCGAACAUUCGACUGGAAAAACUCUUCUCCUCUCUCGUCUAGUUGCAAAGUGCAUCUUGCCAGAUUAUAAUGGAACUGUCCGAAUUAAAGGUUGCAGUGCUUCAGUCGUAUUAAUAAAUACAGAUCAUCAUUUUCAAGUCUCACAAUUAAUCGAAAUAAUGACCAAUAUUGUGAACGUUGCUUAUGCUACACCGUUUACGUUCGAUACGAUCAACUCGGAUAUUGAUAAAAUAAACGCUGUCCGAAAUUCGUUGCGUAAUCUACGUAUCAUCGAUUGUUACAGUAGUGAGCAAUUUCGUCUAACGUUACGUACACUAGACGAUCUAUUUCUUAGCAAUGCUGGAAUUGCCCUUUUAGCAAUUGACAGUAUAACAGCGUAUUAUUGGCAGGAUCGUGAAAACUGCGUAAUCAGUAUUGAUUCCUAUGUAAGCAAAUUGUUGAGACUUGUCAAAAUGCAUACAAAUAGAUUCAAUGUAACAACAAUAUAUACGAAACUUCCCGCAUCUGUCGACAAUUGUAAAGGGAAACAACUUAUGGCAAACCAUUCAGCGAAUACUAUUGAGUAUAAGAUACAUUUGCGCAAAAUACACGGUUCGCAAAAUUUUACUUGCAUAUUAGAGACAGGUCAAAGUAGCAAAAGAAUGCGUUAUUCCAUUUUAUCGAGUGGUAUUAAGUGGUUAGCUGAUCAAGGAGAAGGAUAAAUUCUAGAUUAUAUUU